GAUAAGUAUAAGACCCCCUGCAAGAAUGCCAUCACAUUGGGAAAAACAAGUCAUUGUGUUGCCUUGCCUUGCCUCGGUCGAGUCAGCUCCAGAAUGCAGAAACUCAUCCUUCCCGUUCUCCUGGCAUCCUUCUGGACACUCUGCACAGGAUCAGAAAACUGGUGCUACCAGUCCCAGUUCGCCUGUGAUCAUCAGUGCAAUGCGCCAGACAAUUGGAACCACGCCAACAACAACUGUGAAGGAAGAAACCAGUCGCCCAUCAACAUCGUCACCAGAAAGACUUUGAAAGAUGAGCGACUGACUCCUUUCCAGUUCGACAACUACCAGCAGAUCUUCAGAGGCUCGAUCAAGAACAACGGCCACUCGGUUCAGGUUGGAGUUCCUCACCUGAGCACGGUCUCAGGUGGAGGCCUGGCGGGCAGCUACAAGGCUGUGCAGUUCCACCUGCACUGGGGCAACAACGGAGGGCCUGGCUCCGAACACACCAUUGAUGGGGAGCAGUAUCCCAUGGAGCUGCACAUUGUUCACAUGAAGCACCAGUACACUGAUCUGACAACAGCGCUAUCAGACACACAGGGAGUUGCAGUCCUUGGGUUCUUCUACGAGAGGUCCGAUAGUGCAAACCGAAAGUAUGACCCCAUCAUCAACGCUCUGCGAAGCAUCAAAACUGCAAAUGGCAAUACGUCUCUGCCUCCCAUCUCCCUGGCACAACUAAUCCCAGCUGAGAAGAAUAUGACCUCCUAUUACCGCUACAAGGGCUCUCUGACCACCCCAGGGUGCAAUGAGGCUGUGGUUUGGACUGUGUUUGAGAAUCCCAUCCCUCUGAGCAACGAACAGCUGCGGGCGUUCUCCGAGCUCAAGUUUAAGGAUGGCAAGCCAAUGGUGGAGACCUUCAGGCCGGUCCAGCCCCUGAACGGUCGCCAGGUGUACCGGUCGGGAGGCGCGGUGAUCCUGGCCAGCUCCGCCAUCCUCCUGGCCGCCAUCGCCACGGCCUUGAGACUGUCCCAACCUAACUAGAGCGAGGCAUCCCGUGCUGCACUGCGACAUUCAUGGACACAAUAAGUUCUGUUAUCACUCCUAGGCUGAACCCUGGUUUGUGACAUCUUCAUCGCAUGGUUGCCUAAGAUGAUCGACCACGUCGUAGUGCAGGCAGGCAUGACUCACCUGGUGUUCCUCCCUUACAACACAGAUGACAAAGGCGUUCGAGGAACGUCUUACGAAAGGUGCUGUGAGGGUUCGAUCAGCAUUCGUGCAUGCGUAGUGAAGCAGUAGGUCUUAUUUCAGCAUUAUGAAUGUGCCAUAAAGCAGGUUACCAAGCACUCAACAUCAGAUCUUUUAGUCAUGCCCUAAUUUUUCACAGCGUCAUCCUAUAAACACUAGCACACACUCGUACGCUUUUGAUCCUCCUUGUCCAAUGUCAGGUAAAUUUAGUCUCUGCUUCAUGUCAGUGCGAGUCGCCGAUGGUUUGCGCUCUGAGUGCCAAUGUCAGCCCCAUGGCCUGGCACGUGACGCGUUGUUCUCAAUGGGGCAUGUGAACGGCACGGAGCUAUUAAUAGCAGAACUGAGUCAAAUACACACGCUCCAUUUCAAAGCCAGCGGUCAAAGGAGUCAGCAGUUUGGCUUUUCUUUCAAAGUCCAGGAGCACGCAGCGCGACCGUCAGGUGAACCCCACACGGCCGCUUGGUCAGCAGUUGGUCUGGGAAAGCGGGGGGAGGGCGAGGGGAGUGAGCUCCUUUCUCCGCGGGAAUCCAGUGUCAGAAGCAGAGCUGCAGUCUAUCACCUCCCAGAGUCAGAGGCUAAUGACACCUGAGACAAAGAUGAAGCUGCAGGGAUGCUAACGCUAAUAAAGUCUGGUUCCAGAGGGAGGAGGGAGCAUCUGCAGCGUGACGAGACAGAAACACUUUUGAGAAUCAACCUGCAUACAAAAAAACGUCUCCAAACCAUUAUUUUUCAUGCAUCUCAAAACACUCGCAUGAAUCCGCAUGUCUCGAUGUUCCAGAUGUUCAUAAUGAGCAAUAAGCGUCCGUAGCCACUGGAGUGAAGCUGCACACACAUAAACCGUGCUUGCCAAAAUUCAUACGCACACACCUCAGGCACUCCAUUUCCCAUUUUUGACCCGUGAAGUUCAGUGAGCUUUAUCUUGAGAACAUGUGACCGUGUUCAUGGCUUGUAUUACAGGGUCUCGGAUGCACUGAAUGUUAUCGACUGUGAAUUACACCCCACUGAGUUCUCACUCAUUUAUUCAGGAGGACUCGUUAUGUAUUCUAGAGAGAGAUCUGUGCAAUUUGCCAGCAAGACUUAUUGUGAUGAUCGAGCAAAGGGAUCUGUAUAUUUUCCAUUGUUUCAUAAGGCAUCAAGUUUCUAUGCUGUGUCAUUGUACACAUGUAUUUAUGUACUGAAUGUGUAUAUUGAUAUGAGAAGCACAGUUAUUGUUAUUUAUGUAUUGCAAAGUUUAUAUAUAUAUAUAUAGUGUUGAAUGCAAACCCAUAUAUGAAGCAUCAAGUUGUUCAUGACCAAUCGAGUUUACUUGUGAUGUUCAAGUGUAUGAGAUCGUCAGGUUGUAAUGCUUGAACGUGUCAUAAAUAAUAUGGAGAAUGUGUUCCAACUGACCAAAAGAAUAAACUACUUACAUGUCUUUUUAA